AAGUCAAGUGAAGUCAAGUGAGCUGAGAAUGAUUGUAACACAGGGCUGAGGUCUAAGUAAGGAGCUACCAAUUUCUGUUCCUCAACGAAGUGCUUGUCACGAGAAUCCCCCUCCUCGUGUGAACAAAGAACGAAGUACACCCCUCCGCCAUCGGUUCAGGACGAAGAGAAAUUUUGUUGCAAUUUCCUACAGCCAUCUCGUUUGCGUUGCUGCAAUGACUAUCCUCUAUGCUGUGGUAGCGAGAAAGACAACAGUCCUCGCCAAAUAUGCAGGGUGUGCUGGCAACUUCUCUGAAGUAACGGAUCAAGUCCUUUCUAACAUUCAGCCGGACAGCGCGCGACUGACGUACACGCAUGGCAGCUAUCUUUUCCACUACGUCCAAGAGGAAGGCCUCAUCUAUCUGUGCAUCACGGACAGCGAAUUCGAACGUAGCAAAGCCUUCUCGUUUCUGAACGAAAUCAAGAAGCGGUUUGUUCGUCAGUAUGGCCCGAGAGCGCAGACGGCUCUUCCGUUUGCAAUGAACAGCGAAUUCUCAAGAGUGCUUUCCGGUCAAAUGCGGCAUUACUCAUCGGGCAAGGAUGUAGAUCAGAUGAGUCAAGUGCAGGGACAACUAGAUGAGCUGAAGGACAUUAUGGUGAAGAACAUCGAUACGGUUGCGUCAAGAGGCGAGCGCCUGGAACUUCUUGUGGAUAAAGCCGAAGACCUUAGUCAUAGCGCAAUGUCUUUCAAGAAAACUAGCCGCGGUCUGGCCAGAGCUAUGUGCCUAAAGAAUGCCAAGAUCACCAUUAUCAUUGUAGUCGUUGUGUUGAUUAUUCUCUUCUCUAUCAUCGUUGCUGGCUGUGGGGGAUUUUCAUUCAAGAGAUGCAAGUAAACGAUCCAAUACAAUCCGCAACUGGAAGAUAUUUCUAUUUGACAUGAAACUCUAUGUGAAAUAUUUGCAUCGCAAAAAUCAUCAACAUCAUUGCUGCAUCAUCAUUGACAUUAUGUUUUACUUAUGACAUCAUCACCAUCAUCGUCUUAACGAUGAUGUCAUCAUGAUACUAUUUACUGCUGUGUGCUUCAUAAAACUAAGUUACUUGCCCUUGUCAGACUCCGCAUCUCUAUUUUCAAAGCCUUUGCCGGUCGCUUCCUCUUUGUAUAGUUUUUAUUGCCAUGCUGGCGGCCCGCUUCGAUAACUUUGCCCGCGCUUGCUACAUUGUAUACUGAUUGUGUCUGCGAUGCUGUUGUUUUGAGUCUGGUAUCACCAUACCACGGGGUGUCUGCUCACCUUUCACUAAACGGCCCUGUACACACCGCUGUUGAGUGAUUAUUCAAUAGAUAGACUGAUAGACUGUAUAUUUUUUUUCUAUUCAUGUAUGGCUUUUAAAAUUGGUUGUUUUGCCGUGGCCCUUCUGUUUUUGGCCGCAAUGAACGUUACUUGUCCAUUGUCCAGUGUUUUGCUUGACAAGCGUCCAAUCAGUGCCUGGUGAUGAUGUCAUAGCUGCAAUGUCACCAUCACGUUGAUGUAUUGCAUUACGAUGAA